CUAGUGCAUGACGGCUUCAUCUCAGCUUCAGCUAAAGAGCAAACCGACAUCAGCUGAGUUUUCCUUGUAGCAAAGGAAUUUAUCAUCACGUAAAAUUCAAGAAUAGCAUUUUACAAAGUUACAUAUUAGCUGUUAAACUAAUGAAAUAGCUAGCUGCCAUCUAUCGUAACCACAGAAACAAGGCAGAGGCAAAGGAGAAAUAACAAACCCGGCAAACAAAGAGGUCCUUUUUUCAACGACAACAUUUUUCCUCCAUAUUCAAUAGUUAUGAGUCAUGUGGCCGUCGAAAAUGUCCACGGUCUAGAGCAGCAGCUCGCUGUCCUAGACUUAAGUGCGGCAGACGGACAAGGUGGAUUACCUAACCGGCGAUAUAUUCCUCCACAUUUACGGAACGACGCUUCCAAAAAUGCAGGAAAUGCCUUUGCUGCUGGUCGACCUGGUGGCUACACCAUAGCGCCCCCGGCCAACUAUGGUUGGGACGGGGGACGCAACAACUUUGUCAAUGGCUACCAUGACAACCGCAUGGCUGGCAACACGUUUAACCGUGGCCCGCCUCGUAUGGAGCGGGGCAGAGGUGGCGUCGGAGGAGGUUACCGUGGCAACAGGGGCGGAGCCUUCAACCCCAUCAACCCAGCACAGCCAAUGGCCUUUGGUGGAUAUGAAAAUAAAGACGCAGGCGGCUGGAACACUGCUAAAGACAGUUAUGGCAGUUUUGGCAACAGCCGAGGGAAAUCUGCAUUCUUCAAUGACAGAGGCAAUGCUAACAGAGGGAGGUUUGACCAUGGUGGAUUUGGUGGUGGUGGAGGAGGAGGAGGAAACAACCGAUGGGUGGAGGAGUCCAGGGAAGAGGGAGACUGGUCCAAACAAACACCACGUAACGAACGCCUUGAACAUGAGUUGUUCGCCGCCAGUAACACCGGGAUUAACUUUGAGAAAUACGAUGACAUUCCUGUUGAGGCCACAGGACAGAACUGCCCUCACCACAUCGAAAGUUUCCAAGAUGUGGACAUGGGUGAGAUUGUCAUGGGUAACAUUGGUCUGAGUCGCUACACCAGACCGACUCCUGUCCAGAAAUAUGCCAUUCCUAUUGUCAAGUCAAAGCGAGACCUCAUGGCCUGCGCACAGACAGGUUCUGGGAAGACUGCAGCGUUCUUGCUGCCGAUUCUCAGCCAGAUCUACACCGAUGGACCAGGAGAAGCUCUUAACGCAGCUAAAGCAUCUGGACAGGAGAAUGGAAAGUACGGACGUCGUAAGCACUUCCCCAUCUCACUGGUAUUGGCUCCAACCAGAGAACUGGCACUGCAGAUAUAUGAUGAAGCCAGGAAGUUUUCCUACCGCUCCAGAGUGCGUCCCUGUGUUGUGUAUGGAGGAGCAGACAUUGGCCAGCAGAUAAGAGAUCUAGAAAGAGGCUGCCACCUGCUGGUGGCCACACCUGGAAGACUGGUGGACAUGAUGGAGAGGGGCAAGAUUGGACUAGACUACUGCAACUACCUGGUCCUGGAUGAGGCAGAUCGUAUGUUGGACAUGGGAUUUGAACCACAGAUAAGACGCAUCGUAGAACAGGACACCAUGCCGCACAAAGGCAUCCGACAAACCAUGAUGUUCAGCGCAACCUUUCCUAAAGAGAUCCAGAUCCUGGCCAGGGAUUUCCUGGAGGACUACAUCUUCCUGGCAGUGGGCAGAGUGGGUUCCACCUCAGAGAACAUCACUCAGAAGGUUGUGUGGGUGGAGGAAAGCGAUAAGCGGUCUUUCCUCCUGGACCUGCUCAGUGCUACAGGUAAGGACUCGUUGACUCUGGUUUUUGUGGAGACCAAGAAAGGCGCGGACGCCUUGGAGGACUUCCUGUAUCGGGAGGGCUACGCCUGCACCAGUAUCCAUGGCGACCGCUCCCAGAGAGACCGAGAGGAAGCCCUGAGCCAGUUCAGAUCAGGAAAAUGCCCCAUUCUGGUGGCCACAGCGGUAGCAGCUCGGGGUCUGGACAUCUCCAACGUGAAACAUGUUAUUAACUUUGACCUGCCCAGCGACAUAGAGGAGUAUGUCCACCGUAUUGGACGUACAGGACGUGUCGGAAACCUGGGGCUUGCCACAUCAUUCUUUAAUGAUAAAAAUGGGAACAUAACUAAGGACCUGCUGGACAUUCUGGUAGAGGCCAAACAAGAAGUUCCCUCAUGGCUUGAGAGCCUGGCCUAUGAACACCAGCAUAAGAGCAGCAACAGAGGACGCUCUAAGAGGUUCGCUGGUGGUUUUGGAGCGCGUGAUUAUCGCCAGACGGCUGCCGGAGGCACCGCUGGAGGGUUUGGAGGACGUGGAGGUCGCAACCAGGCAGGACAUGGAGGAACCCGCGGGUUUGGAGGAGGUGGUUUUGGUAACUUCUACACCAGCGACGGCUACGGAGGGAACUACUCACACUCUCAAGUAGACUGGUGGGGCAACUAGGUUCCUCCUUUCCCCCUUUACUCAUCCCUCUUUCUUCUUCUCACAGAUUCCUCCUUCCCUUCUCCACACUUGUCUGGACCUUAUCCAUCUCUUCCCCUUCAUUAACCCAAAGAACCCACGUGCAUGUUAUUAAACUAUUUAUACUCAUUUAUAUAGCCCUCCUUCCAUCCCUACGCACUCAGAUAUUUUAAUUCUUUUCCUUUACCUGUCCUUUCCAUCUCCACCUUCGUCUUUAAUGUUCCCCAUCUUUUCUUCUUUCUUAAUUUUUGUUAAAUCUCAACUCUUAAAUAGGCCACAGUAUAAAGGGAUUUCUUCAAUUUCAGUUGGUGUAAAAUAGUAGCUUACACUAGCUAGCUACCAGCUAGCACCAUCUUUGAGUUUCAGUAAGGACAUUUUGAACUAUUUCCCCUCUGUGGCAAGUGCUUGAA